GAUUGUAUUGUUCCAUUUAAUGGCGAUGCCUCCACCACCGUUGUCUUUCCACGCAAGCGUCAUGUUCGUGCAAUCACGCUACGCCACGCCAAAUACGCGCUCUCUUCACGUCCUGUUUUCUUUUGUUUUUUGUUUUGUUUUCUAUAUUUAAGUGAUCUUAAGUCUUAACCAACAGUAAUGACAGAAGAAAUUGAAAAUUAGAAGGGGUUAUCAGACAGGGAUUUGAAGGUUGUCUCUCCGGAUUUCUUGAUUUCUCUGUUUGGUUUCCCAGAAAAUAUCGGAAAGUUGGAUUCUUUGUUACAGGUUUGGUUCUAAAAUCAGUGUUAGUUCCGAGUAUCUCUCUUUUCACAGCCGUUGAUUUCUUCUGCAAUUAAAUUUUUGCGCGUUUUUGACGUAUAUAAUACGGCAAUGGCGGAUAGCAGUUCUGUAUCUGGUUCUGGGAAUGCCUUUAACCUUGACACAGUGAGAGACUCUUUAAUAAGACAAGAGGAUACAAUCAUUUUUAAUCUGAUAGAGAGAGCAAGAUUUCCCUUAAAUUCUCCAUUGUACGAUCAAAAUUCAGGUUUGGUUCCUGGGUUUUCUGGUUCCUUGGUUCACUUCAUUGUUAAGGAAACAGAGGCUGUUCAAGCAAAGGCAGGAAGGUAUGAGAAUCCAGAAGAAAACCCAUUUUUUCCUGAUGGUUUACCAUCCCCAAUAAUGCCAACUACAAAGUAUCCCAAGAUUCUGUAUCCUGCAGCUGUCUCCAUUAACAUGAGUAAGACCAUAUGGGAUAUGUAUUUCAACCAACUGCUUCCAUUGUUCGUUGACAAGGGUGAUGAUGGUAACUAUGCAUCAACUGCUGCUAGUGAUCUUGAUUGUUUACAGGCUAUCUCUAGAAGAAUCCACUAUGGAAAAUAUGUAGCUGAAGUUAAAUUCAGGGAAUCUCCAAAAGAAUAUGAACCUGCGAUUCUUGCUCAGGACAAGAAUGCUCUGAUGAAGUUGUUGACAUUUGAGAAAGUAGAAGAGAUGGUGAAGAAGAGGGUAGAGAAGAAGGCACUGGUGUUCGGACGAGAAGUGAGUCUCGACACCAAUUUUACCAGUGAAAAGUGCAAGGUUGAUCCUUCUGUAGUGUCUCGACUGUAUGAUGAAUGGAUAAUGCCACUCACCAAACAGGUUCAAGUUCAGUAUCUUCUCCGCCGAUUAGAUUAAUUGAAGAAGUUAUUUCGUUGUCACUGAUCAUUACAUUCAAAACCUUAUUUCUUUGUCUGCGAUCAAUGGCAUUUUAGUGCUGAUUAAUGUAUUGUCUUACAGAGAAAUUGAAUUUUUUUUAUAUAAUUUUAUCGUUUGUGUUGGUAA